AUGACUACUCGGGUUGACGAUAUGCCUGAUGACAUUCUCUGCAAUAUCCUCUCCCGAUUACCAGUUAAGCCAAUGGUGGGACGCUGUAAAUGUGUAUCAAAACGCUGGAAUGCUCUGAUUUCGGAUCCUAGUUUUAUGAUGUCUAGGUCACCAUUGAUCUAUCUUGAAAGUUGGGGCGACGAGUCCGACGAUGAAUAUACAACAGAGAUACCUAUACCUAUAAAUCCUACAUAUAUAUUAGACGAAACUAGGGAAUCGGUUACAGUUGAUUUAGAUGAUUCAAUCUUCAACCUCCCCCCUCCUGAACACGGGAAUGCGGAUCACCGGAAUCGUAGGUUUGUGACAAUUGUCGGAACUUUCAGUGGAAUUAUCUUGUUGGUGGUUACCGAUUUUACAGAGUUUUAUCCUACUUUUUCCCAUCAUAUGGAUCCGCAUAUUAUUUUGUACAAUCCCGCAACCGGUGUUUAUGAAAUACUUGAUGAUGAUCCAAAUCCACCUUUAUUUGAUAAUCAUUACGAAGACAAGCAUGCAUAUGGAUUUGGUUAUGGUGCAACCGUAGAUGAGUUGAAAAUUGUUAGGUGUAGAAAAUAUCAAUCGGAUACUUGGAAUACUUGUGAUGUACUCAAUCUAAAAACACGUUCAUGGAGCCACCCACAAUUACAUAUCACUCAUCAAUAUACUAUCUUUAAAGACGUUGUUGGUACCUUCCUUAAAGGAUAUUUGUAUUGGAUAAUCAAUACAAAUAUAUAUUCAAAGAAUGGUUAUUCGAAAAUCGUGGCAUUUGAUGUUGACAAGAUGGUCUUUUCAGAGAUGCAUCUGCCCUAUCCGGUUAUAAAUGAUGAAAACAAUUGUUUGGGUACGUGCCAUGGAUGCCUAUGGAUGAUCACCAACACCGCCGAUGACACAAUUAAUUUCGAUGUGUGGGCAAUGAAUAUUAUUGACCAAGACGUUGCUGAUAAUUACUCAUGGUCCAAAACAUGUUCCUUGACAAUAGGUUUGGAAGGAAAGGAUGACCAUUAUCUAUAUGGAUUUCCUAAUGAGCAGUGGGAGGUGAAUUUGCCUGCUGAAGAGGGGCGGCUAAGAAGCAAGAGAAGGAGAAAUCAUUUGUGUCAUAUCACAGCAGCAGCAAAAAGGUCAAACUCUAAUCGUUCUGAAAUCCAGUCACUUGAACUACUCUUGGCAUGA